AUGCCCUAUCUAAUCCCUUCAAGGGACCCUAUAUCCGUGAAAGCCCAAUGCCUUUCUGAGAGGUAUACCCUGCACAAAUCUUUCCGAUCGAUCAAAUAUGCGCAGCAGGAGGCCGCAAAGGCCAAGGCCGCUGCAAAGAAGGCGGGCAAGGCAGCUGCAUUGAACGACAAGAUAGCCACUGACGCAUCACCUUGGGAUGUGUAUCUACGGGCCAACUCAAACUUCGUGUCGCAUGGCGUGUUCAUGCAGACUGUGGCCUGGCAAGUCGAGGGGCGGCGGGUCCUUAGUGUGGUCCCGCACCCCUUGAUGACAGACGUUGAGAAAGUUGCUAAAGCGGUCCAGAAAAAUGUGGCCUCGGUGAAGAAGUGCAAGCUGACUGACAUUUCCAAGGAGACUGGCUUUCCAGCCUUUGUGUGUCCACCCUUUGGGUAUCCACCUGAUGCUGAAGGCCGCCCUCCUCUUCUACUUGUAGAUAGCUCCGUCACGGAGAUGAAGAAGCCCUUGCUCUUCGACGUUGGCACCAUGGGGGUUUCCCUGAACGUUAGCGAGUUCUUGCGGAGCACCCGCGCAUGCUGUGUGGAGAAUCUGGCGCAGCCCAACUCGAAGCCGGCCUUUCAGAAGCCUCUUGAGAUUCCUGACAGCUGCCCCUCAAAUCCCUCAGGCACCGCCUCACCGGAGCCUGCUCCAAUAAUCAAUGACACGGUGGCAGACGCCAUCAUGACGUAG